GUGGUGUAAAGCUAACUUCCGAAGGCAAAGAUGGGGAGCCGAAGGUAUGACUCUCGUGAAAGGAGGGAGAGGCUCCAUGACUACGAUAGUGGGGAUGAGAGACGUGAAAGAGGAAGGGACUAUCGACGCGAGUGGCGAGCGGAUGAAAGACGAGGAGGGUCGGCUGACUCGUACGAACGGAAGGGAUUUGGGGAAGGUGGAGGCAGACAAGUCCGUUGUUAUGAGUGCAAUGAACUAGGGUACUACAAAAGUCAGUGCCCGAGGCUGCAAGUUCGAACAUCUGGCGGUUUGUUAGGAGGCACGGUGGCCUUAAGCAAAGAGUUGGAGGAAUCGCUAAGUGUCGUGGGAAGAAUGGCUAAGCAGCUUAUCGACCAGCAGAAGGUGGUCGAAGAUGCGAAGGGGGAGGCGGAAGAGAAGCUCAAGAAAGAGGCUGAGGAAAAAGCCGCAAAGGAGGAAGCGGCUAGGGUGGAGAUGGCGAAGAAGAAGGCAAAAGAAGAUAAAGAACAGCGAAGAAAGUGGGAGAUCAAGAAGCUGCUCGCUGAACAAAGGGAAGAAUAUGAAACAAAGCUUGAGAAGAUCAUACGGAGAGGGAUCAAAGGGGUGACAAUCGAUAAGAAAAAGAAGAGUGAAGACCCGCAGCAGCAGCCGUCUUCGAGCUCCGAAAGCGAUGAAGAUGAAGAUGAGCAGACGCCCCUGAAAGACAAGAAGAAGCGAAGAGACUCUACGGGCGACGUUGCGAAUAGCCCGCCAGUUGAAACGCCGUCCAAGCAAGGCAAGCAUGAAGAGUUGGGAACGCCGUCGAGUAUGAAGAAGAAAGGCAGAGGCGCAAGCUAACAGGAUCGCUCGAGGUGAAGAUCCUUGGGAAGGUGUUCCUCUCGGUGAGAAGUUCGCUACAAAGGCGACAUAUAGGAAGGCGGUGCGCAAGGCUCUGGGGUCUUUUUACCCGGAGACUCUACAUGCUAUGUGCAAAGGAGCCGGAGUUCCCUUCUACGGAGUGAACAAUGCAAUCGAUAUUCUCGCGGAGUUGCGAGUAACUUUCUGUUUUCGAGGUAAGAGUGCAUUGGGAUCGACGUCAACCAAGUCUAAUGAAACUCAGAUAAGGGG